AUGGGGACACCUCAAUCUUAUUUUAAGUUCCCCAACAUGCAAAUACUUGACAUCUCCUACAAUGAUUUUACGGGAAAAUUGCCUUUAAGCCUUCUUGAAAAUUGGAAGGCCAGAAAGUUUGAGAAUGUUCACUCGUUAACAUAUAUAAUUGAUGAAAUCUCAAACAUCAAAAUACUAAAAGAUCUUGUGUAUUUCACUUGUCUUCAUGCUUAUACUUACUCAAUGAUGAUGACAAACAAAGGCAAGGAUAUCUUCUACGAGAAGGUCCAAGAAUUGUUCAUAGCCAUUGAUUUCUCAAGCAACAGAUUUGUAGGUGAGAUUCCGGAAUCUAUUGGAAAUUUAAAGGGAGCUCAGUUGCUCAAUCUUUCUAAUAAUGCUCUUACUGGUCACAUUCCACCAUCUCUAGGAAGCCUUAUAGAGCUAGAAGCAUUAGACCUUUCACAAAACAUGUUGUCGGGGGAGAUUCCUCAGCAACUAACACAACUUACUUUCUUAGCAGUCUUUAAUGUUCCUCAUAAUAAUCUCAUGGGACCUAUUCCACAAGGGAAACAAUUUGAUACAUUUGAAAACAAUUCAUUUGAGGGGAAUCCAAGAUUGUGUGGGAGACCAUUGACAAAGAAAUGUGAGAAUUCUAAUAAGCUGCCUUCUCAACCUUCAAUCUCUCAAGAAAGUCAAGACUCUAGAUCACCAUUUGAAUUUGGUUGGAAAAUAGUUGUGAUUGGAUAUGGAUUUGGAUUUGUUGUUGGAGUAAUCGUUGGACGGAUUGUGAUUGCAAGGAAACAUGAUUGGUUAAUGAAGACCUGA